AUAAGCUGUGCUGGCCACAGUUAGAGUCAUUGGUGGAGAUCCAACCCCAGAGACUUUCUAACUGGAAAAAGAAGAGACUAGAGGCUGUCCCAGGGAACUUCUAGGCAUCCCUGGUAUUUGCAGUUGAAGUGGAAGAAGAGAGAAUGCCAAUAUGUAAGGGGGUAAGGUCAUGAAUCGGUCAUUCCUAGUCACUGCAGUUGACAGGUUGAUAGUAGAGCCUUUCCAGGUGCCCCUACCUUACCUUGGUCACAUCUCAUGCAGUCAGUAUUUACUAAAUACAAAGUGGGUAGGGGCCUAGUUAAGAUGCAUCUGAUCCUCAGCUGGCUCCCCUAGUCACAUCCACUCUGUCUCUGAGCAUUUUCUUCUCCAGCCCUGGGCUCUGGGCUGCAGCAACAGGAAAACAGAAAGAUGACCCUGAUCCACUCCAGCUCUCUCAGGCAGGCCCACGGGACUUUCAGGAAGAAGGGGGCUUUGGCCUGGCCUUGGAAGGUCCUUCAGAUGCAUAGCCACAGUCCAGCAACAGGCUGGCAUCUGGCCCUGUAUACACAACAGGACAGAGCUCCUGACUGCUGGACGAGGACAUUGCCCCCCAUUAUCUUCCUUCCCAGGCCUAAGGUGCAACAAGCACACCAUGGAUGACAAAAAGAAGAAACGGAGUCCUAAGCCCUGCCUGGCCCAGCCAGCACAGGCCCCGGGCACACUGCGGAGAGUCCCUGUGCCCACCAGCCACAGUGGUUCCUUAGCCCUGGGACUCCCUCAUCUGCCAUCACCCAAGCAGCGAACCAAGUUCAAGAGAGUAGGCAAGGAGAAAUGCCGACCCGUGCUGGCUGGAGGUGGCGGCGGCUCUGCAGGCACACCCCUGCAACACUCCUUCCUGACCGAAGUGACAGAUGCCUAUGAGAUGGAGGGGGGACUGCUGAACCUGCUCAACGACUUUCAUUCGGGCCGCCUGCAGGCCUUUGGGAAGGAAUGCUCCUUCGAGCAGUUGGAGCAUGUGCGGGAGAUGCAGGAGAAGUUGGCCAGACUGCACUUCAGCCUGGAUGUGUGUGGGGAGGAGGAGGACGAGGAAGAAGACGACGAUGGGGUCACGGAGGGCUUGCCUGAGGAGCAGAAGAAGACAAUGGCUGACCGCAACCUGGACCAGCUGCUUAGCAAUCUAGAAGAUCUUAGCAAUUCCAUACAGAAGCUGCACUUGGCAGAGAAUGCUGAGCCUGAGGAGCAGCCAGCAUCGUAGGUGCCAGAACCAGGCCUAGACUGCUUCCCUCCUUCCCUUCAAACUGUGACUUUUUACGGACUACUCGGGAGGGUAUUCCGCAGCCCCCCAGGUGCUAUGAGGUGGGGGGCACUGGAUGGAAUUAAACAAACGGAAAAGCGA